AUGUUAAUAUCCACAUUUUACUUUGUUUUAUUCUAUCAAGAAAUUGUGAGUGUUUUUAGUUGGGGACCGAUUGGUCAUAGUCUUGUUGCACGUCUUGCACAAAGUCAAUUAGAUUCAUCUACUAAUAAUUGGAUUCAAAAUUAUAUACCACGAAAUUUAUCAGGUGAUUUAAGUGCAAUUGCAUCAUGGCCUGAUAUAACACUUAAUCCAAUGACUAAUCCAUUGGGUUCUAAGAACUGGUUAUGGUCUCGUGAAUUGCAUUCUGCAUAUAUACCUGAUUGGAGUUGUGAAUAUAUUUCAUCAAGAGAUUGUUUGAAUGAUAGAUGUCUUGAAGGAGCAUUAAAAAAUUAUUCACAAAGAUUAAUUGAUAAUAAUUACGAUUAUGUACAACAACAACAAGCUCUUUUUUUUCUUGUUCAUUUUGUGGGUGAUG